AAAUGAGAAUUUCUAACCUCCCUCACUUUCUUUACGAAAUGAGAAUGAAAUACACCCUCCAUUUCAGUUCAAAAUAGUGAAAAUCAAAUGAAUAGAGAAUUGGUAUCCAAGAUGCGUUACAGUACGGAGUUUAGAAAUCAGGAAGAUGAUGCUUGGUACACAGUCAUGGUAACUCUUGAAGAAAAGGAAACACUGAGAAUAACCUACGAAAAAUUCACCGAUGAAGUCGAUCAAUUGUUCAUACCAUCGUUUUUUGAUUCCUUGGAAGAUCUUCAAGAGUUUGAAAAACGAUUCCGACCUCUCUCCAUUCAGGUUCAGGAUCACGAGUGCCGGAAACUCGUUCCAGGUGUUAAGGUCUGUGCUUCUCAGCAUUUCAUCCCCGACGACCUUCGUUUCUAUGACGCCAUUGUUGAAGCGGUGGAAGAACGCCCACAUUCUCGUAAAAAAAAUGAAGAGUGUCAUUGUACGUUUAUACUUUUCUGGUUACAUGGGCCAAAUUCUGGAAACAUGACGGCUGCAGAAAUUGGUGAUAUUUGCACUGUUCAGCCUAUAAUUGAGGUUGAUCCAGUUGUGGCUUCUUUCCUGGAGAUUGUCAAGAAGAGGAUAGCAUCGAAAUCUGGACAAGAAAUGGUGCCGAACUGCAACAGAGGAAUAGAAAAUAAGAACAGACUAAGUCUUUUCGAACAAAUGCAAAAGGGAAGGCGACGUGCCAAACGAUCUGUUUUGGGUGACGGUUCUCCUAAAGUCAGCCUUGACGAAAAUAUGGAAGAUAUAGAGUUGGAAGGAAAAAGAAACGUGUGUAUGAUAUUGAUGGGAAAUCUUGAUAAAGAGUUAUGUCCAUCAACAGCUGUAGAGUUCUUAUGCAAACAUACUCAAGUAUCUACUAGUGUCUUCAUUUUUUCAAGUUUAUCAUCAGAGAUAUACACCAGGGGUGCCAUUAUGUCGCAAACCGAACAAGAUUUCCAGAAACUUUGUGACUUCUUGACAAAUCCCAACCACAUCAUAACAUCUUCAACUGGCAGGCCAUGGACGGUAAUUGAAAAACAAGUGGGUCUAAAAAAUAUCAAAGCAUCUAUAGGAAUAUUGGUUCCUGGAUCUGAGGAUGUAUCACAGGAAGGAAAGAAUAGAACUAGCAACAAUUUGAAGGUUGUAUAUUCAGGAACUCAUGAAUUCAAGAGAGCUAGUGCUAUGAGGGAAUUGUUUUUAGAAUUUUCUGAUCACCAAAUACGGCUGCACAUGAAGCUUGCUCUUCUGGAGGGGGAGUGUGUUUGAAAUCUGAAACCAAGGUGUCCUUUAAUGUACUUGCUUAACAGUUAACAUUACGUCCUCUAAGCUUUAGUUGUUACCGGUUUUGUAUGUAAUUUUGCAGAAAUUGUUAAUAUAACCAUUCCUGCUUAAGCUUAGAGGAUAACAGAAGUAGAUCCUGAAUUCCCUUUUAUCACAAAUAGUUGACAUUCCUCACCUGGGAUAAGAAUCCAUAUUUGAACAUCUUUAGGUAUAAAUAGGGACUAAUAUUGUCAUAUUCAACUUCAAUUGUAGCAUAUCUCUAUUUUGUAUAGAGCAAAUACAAAUAUUUAGACAUGACUUUGUGUUGGUUUAA